UCCCUUAAUUGUACGUCAAGCAAAAUCGUGAAAAUGAUAAAUACUUCCUCCGCCACGCAUUAUGUGCAACAAACCUUGUUGCACGUUUCCCAAGAUAAAAUUUGUUAAUGUUGAUUAACUAAAUGAAAGGUGUGUGCUUAAGGUUAGGAGAGAGAGUUAAUGGCCACCACUACACCACCUGCCAGCAGCAACAUCCACCACCACCCCACUCGCCGUUACCACGUAACCACCACCACCCCACUCGUCGUUACCACGUAACCACCACCCCCUUACCUAGGCCUACCCCGUAACCACCACCAACACCACCAUGAUCCGAAACCCCACCAUCCAAAUCGCGGAACCCCAUCACCUGAGCGAAAUUGCGACAACCUGAAACCUCAGUAGCCAAUUAAUCGCGAAAACCCACCACCUGAGCGACGCAACAUCGCGAACCCCACCAUCCAGAUCUGAAACCCCACCGACGCAACCAAGAUCUGAAACCACCGCAACCAAUCUCACCCAGUUCGCAACCACCACAAACCACCCUUUACACACUCUCUCACCACCGCAAACCCUAAUCAAUUUUCAGGAUUUCAAUUUCCAGAAGGAUCGGCGACAAUGUCAUGGAGGAGGAGGCCGGUGACUCGAUCGGCGGUGGAUCUCGGCGCAACAGGGGUAGGUUUGGGCGACAGAGGCGACUUGGGGGGGGGGGGGGGUUUCACGAAGACAUCAAUGGAGGAGAGGUGCUCAGGGGGAUUCGGGGUUGGGACUGGGUGGGUGGGUGGGCGAUUUCGGCUUGUGUGGAUCGAACCGUCGCUGUGAGAGAAGCGCGAGAAAAAUGGUGGUGGCGGUGGCAGUGGCGGCUACGAGGCAGGUGAGAGAAAAGUUGGUGAUAAUGGUUGUGGAGGUGGUUGUGAAGGAGGAGAGAGAUUGGGAUGGGUUUAGAUGAUUGAUUAAUUAAUUUUGGUUAAUAUGUUAAUAACAUAUAAUCUUAAUCAUUUAAUAUGUGUUAGUAAAGUUAACUAAGGGUACAUUGGUCAUUUUAAGUAAAAAAAUUACUAAAAGGGGAAAGUUUUAGUUUGUUGCAGAUAAUGUGUAACAUCCAUUUUUAGAAAAUGUUGCACAUAAUGCGUGGCGGAGGAAGUAAAUAUGUGGGAUUCUUGGAUCGUCAUGCUAGCUAGUAACAACAUUGUCUCGAAACUGAAUUAUUCAAAAAUUAGAAAGCUUUCAUAGCUAAAUAUAUAUAUUUCUCGUAUGAUAGUUAGGCCCUGAUCUUUUGUGUUACUGGAAAAAGUAGAGCAGGGAUCAACAAAGUAGAGCAGAAUAGAUUUCAAUAGAGCAGAGCAGCAGAGCCGAGUUUCCAACACACUGCAUAGCACAGCAGCUCAAAGGAACAAAGUAGUACUGUAGCAUAUUGCGUUGCUGACUUUUAUCAACCUUGUCAUAAAAGAAUUAUCCCACUACGACAAGCAUUAAUCAAAACUUGCAUAGUGCACACACUACCCAUAUAUAACCUCCUUUUUUUUUCUUUUUUGGGAAACCACCCUAUAUUAAGUACUAUAACAUAGUUAAAUUAAUUACAUGGUGGAGAGAUUUAUCAUAAUUAUCCAUUUCUUAUUCUUAAAAUAAAGAUGUAAAGUACCUCAUCCAAACUAUAAAAGGAACUGUGUGUCAACUUUUUAUACAUCGAAAUCAAAUACCUAAUUCAGCAUUAUAUUACUUAUUUUUACUUCCAAUUUACUCUAAACUAAUUAAUGCGCACUCAUCAAUCCAGGCUAGAUUUUCAAAAGUUAUACCACUUUUUACAUUUUACUUUAUAAAUACAUAAUAAGAAUCAUUUGCUUACAAUUUACAUCAUUUUUCCAUGUAUUCUUCCAGCAAAGCAACAUCAAAUUAAAAACCCAACAACAAUAACAUUUUUUUUUUUUUUGAAUAGCAACAACAAUAACAUUGCAUAAAGGUCAAUGCCUAUGACAAGCGUGAAACUCUCAACGUUAGUUUGCAUAUGCAAUGACAGUAGGAGUGAUCUUUUAUCCCCGAGAGCUCGGUACCCUUCAAUGCCCAAGUAUCCGAAAGGAGUUUCGACGUCGAUGAGAGGAAAUAUGGAAGAAGGGUGUAAGAGUAGUGAAUGGAAAGCUUUGUUUAGAGUAAUGGGAAUGACAUGCUCAGCUUGUGCUGCUUCGGUUGAGAAGGCUAUUAAACGACUUCCGGGGAUUAAAGAGGCUAUUGUUGAUGUUUUGAAUAAUAAAGCUCAAGUCAUUUUUUAUCCAAACUUUGUUAAUGAAGAACGAAUCCUUGAAGCCAUUGUGGAUGCUGGCUUCGAGGCUGAACUGAUUGCUGAUGAUAAUAUUAACGAUGGAAGCAAUCAAGUAUGCCGGUUAAGGAUUAGAGGAAUGACAUGCACUUCUUGUGCAAAUGCCAUCGAAACUAGUCUCCUAGGAGUUCGCGGUGUUAAUAAGGCACAAGUUGCAUUAGCUACUGAAGAAGCAGAGAUUCACUAUGAUCCGAAGCUUGUUAGUUACAAUGAGCUACUAGAAGCUGUAGAAGAUAGCGGGUUUGAAGCUGUACUUAUCGCUACAGGAGAAGAUAGAUGCAAGGUGCAUCUAAAGGUCGAUGGGAUAAAAACAGAACAUUCUUGGAGAAUGAUUGAGAAUUCACUUGAAGCACUCCCCGGUGUUCAAAAUAUAGACAUUGAUCUAAAACUUCAGAAAAUUUCUGUUUCUUACAAGUCUGAAAAUACAGGACCAAGAGACUUUAUUGAAGUGAUCGAGUCAGCUAGCUCAGGGCAUCUCAAGGCGAUGAUAUAUCCUGAAGAACAUGGAAAAAAUUCACAUAAACAGGAAGAAAUUAAGCAGUAUUACAGAUCAUUGAUGUGGAGUUUAAUCUUUAUGAUACCAGUGUUUCUGACAUCUAUGGUAUUCAUGUAUAUUCCGGGUGUUGGAGAAGUAUUUGACACCAAAGUUUUGAAGAUGCUAACUAUUGGUGAGGUAAUAAGGUGGGUAUUAGCAACCCCUAUACAGUUCAUUAUAGGCCGAAGAUUUUAUAUUGGUUCUUACAAUGCAUUGAGGCAUGGUUCUGCUAAUAUGGAUGUUUUGAUUGCGUUGGGAACAAAUGCAGCGUACUUCUACUCAGUCUACACAGUGGUUAGAGCUGCUACAUCAGAAAAGUUUGAGGGAACAGAUUUUUUUGAGACAAGUUCUAUGCUUAUUACCUUUGUACUUCUAGGGAAGUACCUAGAGAUAUUGGCGAAGGGAAAGACAUCUGCAGCAAUUGCCAAGCUAAUGGACUUGGCCCCUGAGAGGGCGACAUUGUUAACCCUUGAUGCAGAUGGAAAGAUCCUGAAAGAAAAAGAAGUUGACAGCAGAUUGAUACAAAAGAAUGAUGUGCUUAAAGUCAUUCCCGGGGAAAAGAUAGCCUGUGACGGAUUUGUAGUUUGGGGCCAAAGCUAUGUCAAUGAAAGCAUGAUAACAGGAGAAUCGCGGCCAGUACCAAAGAGGAAGGGUGAUCUGGUAAUAGGAGGGACAGUGAAUCAAAAUGGGGCACUACAUAUAAAGGCAACACGCGUUGGAUCAGAAAGUGCACUUUCUCAAAUUGUACGACUGGUUGAAUCAGCACAGAUGAACAAAGCACCUGUGCAGAAGCUUGCUGAUCAUAUUUCUAGAUAUUUUGUACCAUUGGUUAUCCUAUUUGCAAUUUCAACUUGGCUUGGAUGGUUUUUAGCUGGAAAAUUCAACAGUUACCCCGAAUCAUGGAUACCACCAUCAAUGGACAGUUUUGAGCUUGCGCUACAAUUUGGCAUAUCUGUCAUGGUCAUAGCCUGCCCGUGUGCUCUGGGUUUAGCAACACCAACUGCAGUUAUGGUUGGUACUGGGAUUGGUGCUUCUCAAAGUGUACUGAUCAAAGGAGGCCAAGCUCUUGAAACUGCUCACAAGGUUAAUUGUAUUGUGUUUGAUAAGACUGGGACUCUUACAGAGGGCAAGCCAGUAGUUGUCAGCACGCGACUUCUGAGACAAAUGGUGCUGCAGGACUUCUAUAAACUGGUUGCUGCUGUAGAGGUCAAUAGUGAGCACCCAUUAGCAAAAGCCAUCGUCGAGUAUGCCAAGAAGUUUAGUGAAGACAAAGAACACCAAACUUGGGCAGAAGCAAGGGAAUUCAUGGCCAUUAGUGGUCAUGGUGUCAAGGCCAUAGUCAACGAUAAGGAGAUUCUUAUCGGAAAUAAGAGCUUGAUGUUAAACCAAGGAAUCAACAUCCCAGCAGAGGCUGAGAAAUUGCUUUCAGAAGCCGAAGGUAAGGCAGAAACAGGCAUUCUGGUAUCCAUUAGUCAUGAAGUUGCAGGAGUAAUAGCAAUUUCUGAUCCUCUGAAGCCGAGUGCACCUGAAGUCAUAUCUAUUCUUAAGUCCAUGAACGUUGAGAGCAUUAUGGUGACUGGUGACAACAAGGGGACAGCCAACUCCAUUGCCGGACAAGUUGGAAUUGAGACCGUGAUUGCUGAAGCUAAACCUGAGCAAAAAGCAGAGAAAAUAAAGGAAUUACAGGCAGAAGGUUAUGUAGUGGCAAUGGUUGGAGACGGUAUUAAUGAUUCACCAGCAUUAGUAGCUGCUGAUGUCGGAAUGGCAAUUGGUGCAGGAACAGACAUAGCCAUAGAAGCAGCAGAUAUUGUUCUGAUGAGGAGCAACUUAGAGGAUGUCAUAACUGCCAUCGACCUCUCAAGGAAAACUUUCUCUAGGAUAAGAUGGAAUUAUAUAUGGGCUUUGGGUUACAAUAUACUUGGUAUCCCAAUUGCUGCAGGAGCUUUGUUCCCCUCAUUGAGAUUUCGUUUACCACCAUGGAUUGCAGGAGCGGCUAUGGCUGCUUCAUCGGUCAGCGUUGUUUGUUGGUCACUCUUGCUGAAGAAUUACAAAAAACCAAAGAUAUUGGACACCCUUCAAGUUAAGGAAAUAAGGGUAGAGUGAAAACGCUACUUAGCUAGUACAUGAUAAGAUGAGCAAUCGUGUUAGCUACAAUAAUUUUGUACAUAUGUACUGGUAAGCUAUCAAUAAGCUCAAGGUCUGCUUAUACUUGGCUAAAUCAUGAAAUUGUAAAUAGGUUCGUAAAGUGGCAAGAAAAGUGCUCCAAUUAUUUCCCUUCCAUGUUGUACACGAAAACAUUUGUUCAAGGACCAACUCAACCAAAAUGUUAAGGUGAUGGUUGAGGCCCAAGAAUAUAUUUUAUACUCUAUCAAUGUUGGUUUAGAUCGAAAAACCAACUCUGAACCUUAUGGGCGGGAGGGGAGGCUGGAGCAGCAAACAAUAAGCUCAAUCUGUUGUAGGAUCAGGUCAAUUUCUUUAUAAAUCACAUAGUAGUAUAUGUUUACUCUAUGCUAGUGUAUAAAUUUCUCUUGGCAUUUGUUGGUGAGUAAUUCAGAAUGUAAGAAACAUAAUGUAUAGUUAUAUCUUUCAGCAGCAAACACGCAUAUUUUUUUUUUUUUUUUUUUUGACAAUGAGUACUAAUAAAGAAAUACAUAAAAAGAAAGCAACCAACAACUACACUACACAAACCCAAAAAGACACUUGCGAGCAAACUUUAUUCGAGUUAAGUUGGAGUACUUGAAGUCCACACUAGGCCCACGACCACGCUUUGCACCCACACGAACCACUUGACAUCCUGCAUGUGAUAUAGGUCGCCCCAUCAAAGAACUAAUUUUCCUUAAACGAGGGUGAUAAAUAGA